ACUGCUUGGUGCAAAUCUCUUUGUGUGAUCAGACCUGCUUGUAUGGGUGGUUUUAUCUCCUAUCAAGUGGGAUUACCCUGUUAGUCUGUUUCUUACUAACAUUAACAGGAGCAUAACAUAAGCUUGUGCAAAUUCUUCAUGGAUCAAACAACGGAUAGUUUGUGCAAGACACAAAGCCUAGAGAAUGUACCUCUCAUCAUGCAAAUUUUGGCAGCUUCUUUUUGUGUCUCUGAGAAGGCAGCCAAUGUCAUUAGAAAUAUCAUGAAAACAGGCAACUUGGGAAUUGUGGAAAAGGCAAAAAAUGAUCUUCAGACAGAAGCUGACAGAGCCGCUCAGCGCUGCAUUGUUGCUUCUCUUCAUAGGCAGUUUCCAAAGGUGCCCAUCUUUGGAGAGGAAAGUUUAGAUCCACAAGAUGUUAUUCCAGAAGAGUUGAUUGAAACAGAAAUGAGUGCAGAUGUCCUGAAACAUCCAUGUCCAACAGGGUUCCAGAACUUGAAAGAUGAUGAUAUAGUGAUAUGGGUAGAUCCUCUUGAUGGAACAGCUGAAUAUACUCAAGCCUUACAGCUUAAUGAAUCAGGACUCCUUGAUCAUGUAACAGUGCUGAUUGGUGUUGCUGUCAAUGGUGUAGCCACAGGAGGCAUUAUCAACCAGCCCUACCAUAACUAUCAGGCAGGGCCAGAUGCCAAGCUUGGACGAUGUAUAUGGGGACUUGUAGGACUUGGAUCAUUUGGUUUUGAACGACAAAAGCCACCAGAGGGAGAGAAUAUAAUAACCACAACACGCUCUCAUUCCAACCGUGCAGUCACAGAAGCUGUGGAGGCCUGCCAACCUUCCAGUGUGUUAAGAGUUGGGGGAGCAGGUCACAAGGUUCUCCUUUUGAUAGAGGGCAAGGUUCAUGCAUAUGUCUUCGCCAGCAAGGGAUGCAAGAAAUGGGACACCUGUUCUCCUGAGGCCAUUCUCCAUGCAGCAGGAGGGCGACUGACUGACCUGUUAGGCAUGCCAAUUCCAUACCACUCACAAGUUGCUUUUGGAAAUUCUUCUGGUGUUCUAGCCACCGUUUCUAACCAUGAUUGGUAUGUAAGUCAGAUUCCUCAGGAUAUCCGGGAAAUGUUCCAACCUGCACCAGACACUCCGCCUGCAAAGGUCUAGGCAAGGCUGUUUGAUUGGUGGCUGUUCAAUAAAAUAGUUAAAGUAGUGGUAUUGUCUGUCCUAGAAUCCAUAUUUUAUACAUUUUUAGCCCACACAGAUUCUUGGCAGGAGCAUGCUGCCUAGUUCUGAUUUUAGCAUAAGGCUUCUUAUAGUAAAAAAGCAAGACAUUGUUUCAUCCAAUAACUGAAAGCAUCAUUCCAUUUCUAGAAAAACAUAUUGAAAUAUUGAAUAUUGAAUUGAAUAUUGAAAGCAUUUGAUGAACUUAAGAAAUUAACACCACCUAAAGUUGUAAAUAUAAUUUUACUUUUUUUUUCACUCUGAUUUGAUGAGAAAUGUUUAUACUUCUGUUUUAGAAUGUUCUUGAAAUUAUUGAUAAUGAUGGCAGUAAUGGUGUGGCUGUGUGAGCAUUAGGGCUAAAAUGGGACUGUAGAAUUUACUGAGCUUGCCUUUACUGAAUACUGCUUCUUAAAAGUGAUAGGAAUGGUGGACCUGUUCCCUAUGUAUAACGUGCAUUUGUAUACUGUGCUUAAUUUUAGUGCAAUAUACCUAUUUUUCUUAAUGAUUCGUGUCUAGCAUGCAGUUCAUCGUUAUUAAAAUUAGGAAAAUUCUGGGCCAAUUGCAUGUUUUCAACUGCAGUGUUGGAAGACAUCCCUUAGAUAAAACCUUACCAGUAUACCACUAUCUAAUAGAUGUAAUUAUUUCUUUUAGAGCUACAUUUAUAGAAAAGCCUUGACUAGUAACUGAAGUUUUAUUAUUUCUUAUUGAUAGUAACAGAUACAGAAUACCUGCAUCCCAGGAAAACGGUUGAACAAAUCUCCUUGUUUAAAAAAAAAAAUGUUUGUAUACGUUUGGUUAUUGUUAAGCUAAAAAUAUAUGGGCAAGUUGUUAGCAAGCUUUUACAGGUUAAUGUGUAUAUAGUUUUAAUUCAACUGUAUUACUCCAGUAUAAUCUAUUUUAGCAGAAGCAUCACAAGAAAACAACCAAGCUUCCCUUCUGUAAUGUAUUAUUCAAUUUUACAGUAAUUUUUUUUAUUUGCUUGACAUGUUUUCCCCUACAAUGCUUUUAAAAACCGAUAAAGUUUGUCAGAAAAUAAUGUAUGAAAAAUCUUACACUGCCACAUUAUAAAAACUUUAGCUUGGUAAUUUUCUAAUGAAAACAAUGGCCAUCAUUAGAUUGCACACUCAAGUCCUGACAAUUUGUUACAGUUCUUCAGAUGAUGUAUCAUAGAUGCAGAUAGUUUUCUCACUACAUAUCCAUUUGAAAACCUUUUUUUCAACGAAGUAGAAAUCAACCUAUCUGUAAUGUAGUCAGCAUUUUAUCAAUUUUAUAUUUACUGCAAUAUGCCUUACUUUGUAGGUCAUCAGAAUGUUUAUCCAGAGAUCAGGCAUGUAAUAUGGAACAAAAAUACUUUGAACUUUUCAUCUGGAGUAUUUACUGCAUAAAUAUUAAAUACUGUUGUUUCAAUGGUGGUGAUCAUUGAUAACUUAAGCCACUGUAUUAAGACUACUUGCAUCCACAAAUGUGCGAACCACAUACUGGUCACAGAGUAUGCUCAAUGCAAGUAGGCAGCUAAGCUGUUGAUUUUACCAGGUGUUUACUAAGAUACUUAGGCAUUAAUACCAUGCAUUGAAAGUUUCCAUUCUUGUCGUCUUUAGAUGGUGACUGCACCAAAUUCUGCCCUGAAUCAGUACAAUUAUUAAGGGUGCAUAUAUUUAAUGUUUAUGGUAAAAUUACAGAAAAUUCCAGUUUUUUUCUUUUUAUUGCCAAGUUUUUAAAUGGAUUUACAAAUUUUAUUUGUCACUUGAUUUUCAAAAAGUUGGAUGUUGUAAUGCCAUGUCAUGUUAAACAUAAAAAGAUCUUAGAAUUUAUUUUUCAUCAGAUUUUGAAAUAAAAGUUUUUCAUCAA